AUGACCGAAAAUCCACUCACUAAUAUCACACAAUAUCUAUUUUAUAAAUACUACUCUUUAACAAAAUGGAAAAAUAACCCAGGCAAAGAGAAUAUUCCAAGGGUUUUAAAUGACGAAAAAACUAACUGUACCUUACACGAUUUUAUAACAGAAGAGAGACAGAGGAAAAAAAAUAACUACAUAUCAAGUAUAAGUGGAACUAUAAGUGAAUUAACUGGUUUCUUUUUAAAGUUAAUACAACCCGACUAUAACAAAAAACAAGUUAUUCAAAACUUAAUAGAAGAAAAACAUUAUUCCACUUCCUAUGAAUCCUGGUAUUCGGCCGCUUUGCAGUUAGAUUCUUUGAACCCAGAAACUGUUCGUUGGAAACUAGACAAAGAAUCAACCCUUUACGACUACAAGCUGAUCGAAGAAAACUUGGACAAUUUGAGAAAUGCUAGAAACAAUAAGGAUUACGAUACAUUGUUAUAUCUAAUUAGAACUACUUGGGAAAGAAAUUUGGGGAACAUGGGUGAUUUAAACCUAUAUAGGCAUUCACAUGUGGGAACAAAAAAACUGAUAGAAGACUAUUUAGAGGAAUGUAUUUUGUCUAUAAAUGAAUUGUUACACGAAUCACACAUAGAUGACAGAAUUCUUUUAAAUAUAUUUAUGCAGACAAGGAAAAAAGUUGGCAGAACAGCCUUGGUUUUAUCUGGCGGAGGUACUUUUGGACUUUUCCAUAUUGGUGUAUUGGCUACUUUAUAUGAACAUGAUCUCUUGCCCAAAGUGAUCAGUGGUAGUAGUGCAGGCGCAAUUGUAGCAUCCAUUUUGUGUAUCCAUAAAAAGGAAGAGAUAAUAGGUCUUCUUGAAGAAGUAUUGAGCAAAUCCUUUAACAUUUUCCAAGAUGAUUCGGAAAAAAGCGAAAGCGAAAAUUUGUUGAUCAAAGUAUCUAGAUUUCUGCAAAAUGGUACUUGGUUUGACAACAGGCAUUUGGUCAAUACUAUGAUUGGGUUUCUGGGAGAUCUCACCUUCAGAGAGGCUUACAAUAAAACUGGUAAAAUAUUAAAUGUUACUGUAUCGCCGGCCUCCGUUUAUGAACAACCAAGAUUAUUAAAUAACUUGACUGCACCCAAUGUAUUGAUCUGGUCUGCCGUAUGUGCAUCUUGUUCUUUACCGGGAAUUUUCCCAUCCACCCCAUUGUAUGAAAAAGAUCCAAAUACAGGUGAGACCAAAGAAUGGAAUAGCAGUUCUGUCAAAUUCAUGGAUGGCUCUGUUGAUAACGACUUGCCCAUUUCGAGAUUGUCCGAAAUGUUUAACGUGGAUCAUAUAAUUGCGUGCCAAGUAAAUGUACAUGUUUUCCCCUUUUUGAAAUUGUCAAUCUCUUGUGUUGGUGGAGAAAUAGAAGACGAAAUUAGCGCUAGGUUUAAAACAAAAUUAAACCAAAUAUCAAGUUUCUGCGUUAAUGAGGUUGUACAUCUAUUGGAAAUGGGUACAGAACUGGGGAUAGCUACAAAUUUGCUAACCAAGCUAAGAUCAGUAUUUUUGCAGCAAUAUUCUGGUGAUAUAACUAUUUUACCUGAUUUGAAAAUGCUUUUAUCGUUUAACAAAAUGUUGAAAAAUCCAACACAAAAUUUUUUACUAGAGGAAACUAUCGAAGGUGCUAGGGCCACAUGGCCGAAAAUGAGUAUAAUCAAAAAUCAUUGCGCUCAAGAGUUUGAAUUGGAUAAAGCAAUCACAUACUUAAAGACUCAGAUAAUAUCUAAUUCCAAGGGUGCUGAUUUAAUAACAUCUGAACUUCCAAUAAUGGGCACUCCUUUACUAACAGGAUCAGAUCACCCAUUGCAUAACGCUUUGAAUGAAAUAUUGUCCGAAGAGGAAGAGCAACUUAGUAGAGAAUCAUCACUAUCACCAACCUUAAUGGAAACAUUAGGCCAACAGCAUGUUUUAUCACCUUUCGUUCCUGAAACUGGUUUUACUUCCCCCAGAAGAGAACAUUCCAUUUCGUUGACAUACACGCCAACAGGGUUAUCUAAUGUUGUGAACAGGAAAAGAACAGAAACAAUUUCUGUCCUAUGUAAUCCAAAUGAUGUAGUUGUCUCCCCAGCAAACGAACAAAAAACUAUCCCGGCUUCCCUGUCAGACACUAAUCCUCCUUUAAAGACUCCGCCAGGUAAGAAGAAACAGAAGAAAAAUAAAAAACGUAGGUCCAGAAAAUAA